GGGCUGAUUCAUUUUAUCCAUCAUACCCAGAAUGCAAAGUGAGAUAGCCGACCCUCAAUAGCCUUGAACAGGUUUUCUUGUCAGCUUUAUCGUGUCCAGGAGGGAGACAUCCCUUGUUUGACCUAAACCAGCAUACAUAGCGAACGGCGACGUGAACGCCUCAUAACGAGGAAACCCAUGCAGCUCGGACAGACAUUCGACUUUUAGCCCGGAUUGGCGUGAACUCAUAGCGGCUGUCAUGGCAGCGUCGGAGCUAUACACAAAGUGUGCUCGGGUGUGGAUCCCUGACGUUGAGGAGGUGUGGAAGUCAGCUGAGCUGACCAAGGACUACAAAAAUGGCGACACAUCCCUGCAGCUCAUGUUGGAAGAUGGAACCAAUCUCGAGCACACGUUGGACCCCAAGACCAGGAACCUCCCCUACCUGCGAAACCCUGACAUCCUGGUGGGCGAGAAUGACCUCACGGCGCUCAGCUACCUCCACGAGCCGGCGGUGCUUCAUAACCUCAAAGUCCGCUUCAUCGACUCCAAGCUCAUUUACACUUAUUGCGGGAUUGUUCUGGUGGCCAUCAACCCAUACGAGACGCUGCCCAUCUACGGGACAGACAUCAUCAAUGCAUACAGUGGUCAGAACAUGGGAGACAUGGACCCGCACAUCUUUGCAGUGGCAGAGGAGGCUUACAAACAGAUGGCUAGGGAUGAGAGGAAUCAGUCCAUCAUUGUAAGUGGCGAGUCUGGGGCAGGAAAGACCGUUUCAGCCAAGUAUGCCAUGAGAUACUUUGCCACUGUUAGCGGCUCGGCCAGCGAGGCCAACAUUGAGGACAAAGUGUUGGCAUCUAACCCCAUCAUGGAGGCUAUCGGAAACGCCAAGACAACUCGGAACGAUAACAGCAGUCGUUUUGGGAAGUACAUAGAGAUCGGCUUUGACAACCGGUACCGAAUCAUUGGGGCAAACAUGAGGACAUAUCUGUUAGAAAAGUCCAGAGUAGUGUUCCAGGCGGACGAAGAGCGGAAUUAUCAUAUCUUUUAUCAGCUCUGCGCUUCAUCGCAUCUGCCCGAAUUCAAGAACCUCCAAUUGAGCAAUGCAAACAACUUCCUGUAUACCCGGCAGGGCCGCAGCCCCGUUAUCGAAGGGGUGGACGACAGCAAGGAGCUCGGCACCACCCGCAACGCCUUCUCCUUGCUUGGUAUUAACGAAUCUUAUCAGAUGGGACUGUUUCAAGUUCUAGCUGCUAUUCUUCAUCUGGGAAAUGUGGACAUCAAAGACAGAGAUUCGGAUAGCAGCCUCAUUCCCCCCAACAAUCAUCACUUGACGAAGUUCUGCGAGUUGGUUGGUGUCACCUACGAGGACAUGGCUCAGUGGCUGUGCCACAGGAAGUUGAAAACAGCAACAGAAACCUAUAUCAAGACCCUCCCCCGCCUGCAGGCUACGAACGCCCGUGACGCUCUAUCCAAACAUAUCUACGCCAAGCUCUUCAACUGGAUCGUGGAGCACGUCAACAAGGCGCUCAUCACCAAUAUGAAGCAGCACUCCUUCAUCGGCGUCCUCGACAUUUACGGGUUUGAGACGUUUGAAAUCAACAGCUUUGAGCAGUUCUGUAUCAACUACGCAAAUGAGAAACUCCAGCAGCAAUUCAACAUGCAUGUGUUCAAACUGGAGCAGGAAGAGUACAUGAAGGAGCAGAUUCCUUGGACUCUCAUCGACUUCUAUGACAAUCAGCCCUGCAUCAACCUCAUCGAAGCCAAGAUGGGCAUUCUGGACCUGCUGGAUGAAGAGUGCAGAAUGCCUAAAGGCUCCGACGAUUCAUGGGCUCAAAAGCUGUACAACACCCAUCUGAAGACGUGCUCCCUCUUCGAAAAGCCGCGCAUGUCCAACUGUGCCUUCAUCAUUCAACAUUUUGCCGAUAAGGUUGAAUAUCAAUGUGAAGGUUUUCUGGAGAAGAACAAAGACACAGUGAAUGAAGAACAGAUCAACGUUCUCAAGGCCAGCAAGUUUGAUCUUUUGGUGGAGCUAUUCCUUGAUGAAGGAAAAGCUACAAGUCCCACCGGUCAGCCGGCUGGGUCGGGAGGCAGGACCCGUCUCAGCCUCAAACCUGAAAAAAGCCGCGACAACAGCAGCAAGGAGCACAAGAAGACUGUCGGCUGCCAGUUCCGUAACUCUCUUCAAAUGCUCAUGGAGACAUUGAACGCCACCACUCCACAUUACGUCCGCUGUAUUAAACCCAAUGAUUUCAAGCAGGCCUUCUCGUUUGACCCGAAACGUGCGGUGCAGCAGCUAAGAGCCUGUGGGGUCCUAGAGACAAUCCGAAUCUCUGCGGCAGGUUUCCCAUCCAGAUGGACAUACCAGGAGUUCUUCAGCCGUUACAGAGUGCUGAUGAAGCAGAAGGAUGUUCUCUCUGACAAGAAGUUAACCUGCAGGAACGUUCUUGAAAAGCUGGUGGAGGACCAGGAUAAAUACCAAUUUGGUAAGACCAAGAUCUUCUUCAGGGCCGGUCAGGUAGCUUACCUAGAGAAGCUACGAGCCGACAAGCUACGUGCCGCCUGCAUCCGCAUCCAGAAAACUAUUCGCUGCUGGUUGGCGCGCAAGAAGUACAUGCGCAUGCGUGACGCGGCCAUCACCAUCCAGAGGUUUACCAGAGGAUACCAGGCUCGCUGCUUGGCGAAGUUCAUGCGACGCACUCAGGCAGCCACCGUCAUCCAGAAGUACCAGAAGAUGUAUGUAGCUAGGAAACGCUACAGGGAGAAGCAGAAGGCUGCCCUAGCCAUACAGACUAUCCUAAGAGCUUACAUGGCCCGCCAGAAGUACAAAGCGCUUCUCCGCGAGCACAUGGUGGUGAUCAUCCAGAAGCAUGCCCGCGGCUGGCUAGCUAGACGCUGGUACAAGCGUUGUCUGAGCUCCAUCGUCUACCUGCAGUGCUGCCUCCGCAGGAUGAGAGCUAGACGCGAGCUGAAGAAGCUGAAGAUAGAGGCCCGCUCGGUGGAGCACUUCAAGAAACUCAACAAGGGCAUGGAGAACAAGAUCAUGCAGCUCCAGAGGAAGAUCGACGAGCAGACCAAAGAGAACAAGUCAGUAAACGAGAGACUAACAGGCUUGGAGAACACCUACACGACGGAGAGCGAGCGGCUACGUGGAGAGUUGGGUCGCCUUCGUGGUGUGGAAGAGGAGGCCAGGAGCAAAGGCAACCAGGUCAACUGUCUCCUGGAGGAGCUGGAGAAGCUGAGGAAGGAGCUUUGCACUACGCAGCAGGAGAAGAAGACCAUCGAGGACUGGGCGCAAACAUACAAGGGAGAAAUGGAGAAAAUGGUAUCGGAACUGAAAGAUCAGAAUGGCUUGCUGAAGAAAGAGAAAGACGACUUGAACAGGUUGAUUCAGGAACAGAGUCAGCAGAUGACAGAGAAAAUGGCACGUACGAUUGCAGCGGAGACUCAGCAAUUGGAGACGGAUCUGAACGAGGAGCGCUCUCGCUACCAGAAUCUCCUGACAGAACACCUUCGCCUAGAGGAGAAAUACGACGACCUCAAAGAGCAUAUUUCCAAGCCUGGCCACAGGAGAACGGAUUCCACCCACAGCAGCAACGAAUCCGAGUACACGUACAACUCCGAGUUCGCCGAAUCGGAAGAAGGUUCCCGUGCCGCAGAAGAUUUGACGCGAGGAAUGGAUACCUCACUCACGCUCAAGCUCCAGAAGCGACUCACAGAGCUGGAGCAAGAAAAGCAGUCGCUGCGCAAUGAGCUAGAAAACAAGGAGGAGCAGUUUCAGAGGACUCGAGCCAGGGAUGAAUCAGAGUUCAAAAAGGCACGUGGGGCAGAGUUGGAGUACGAGUCCCUCAAGCGUCAAGAACUGGAGUCUGAGAACAAGAAGCUGAAACACGACCUGGCCGAGAUGAGGAAAAGCCUUUUGGGUGGCGCAGCUGCGAGUUCAGGUGCACCCGGCUCUCCAGCCUACAAGGUGCUCUUGGAUCAGCUCAACUCCUCCUGCGAGGAGCUGGAGGUGCGCAAGGAGGAGGUGCUUAUCCUGCGCUCACAGCUGGUCAGCCAGAAGGAAGCCAUGCAGCACAAGGAUGAGAAGGAGACCAUGACAGAAGUUGCCGUCCACGUGGAGGAUAUUUCCAAAUUGAAGGAUGCCGAUGAACUCAAACAAGCCUACAUCGGUCUCAAAGACACCAACAGAUCGGCGGCUCCAGACUUCCAAAAACUGAAUGAGGACGGAGAGCUGUGGCUGGUUAAUCAGGGCUUAAAGGAGACUAUCAGGCUGCUGGAGCACCAGCUGCAGACUCAGCGGAGGAGUUACGACAGCGAGGUGGAGUCGCUGCGUGGCGAACUACAGAACGUCAAGGAGGAAAACAACCGGCAGCAACAGCUCCUGGCACAGAACCUCCAACUUCCCCCGGAAGCCCGCAUCGAAGCCAGUCUGCAGCAUGAAAUCACCCGACUCACCAACGAGAACCUGGAGCUGGUAGCCAACGACCCCACAGCGUCCCGAGAGGCUCGAGUCAUCAUUUUACGGCGGAUGGUUGAUCUCAUGGAGCAGCUGGAGAAGCAGGACCGAACAAUCCGCAAGCUCAAGAAGCAGCUUAAGGUUUACUCCAAGAGGAUCGGAGAGAUGGGAGCUGGUCAAGCAGAAGGACAGACAUCACCGGGGCAGAUGGUGGAUGAGCCAGUCCAUCCGGUCAACAUUCCUCGCAGGGAGAAGGACUUCCAGGGAAUGCUGGAGUACAAGAAGGAGGACGAACUGAAACUGGUCAAGAACUUGAUCCUGGAGCUCAAGCCUCGCGGCGUUGCCGUCAACCUGAUCCCGGGUCUGCCCGCUUACAUCCUCUUCAUGUGUCUGAGGCAUGCAGACUACGUCAAUGACGAAAAGAAGGUCCGCACGCUGCUCACGUCCACCAUCAACAGCAUCAAGAAGAUCUUGAAGAAAAGAGGAGAUGACUUUGAGACCAUCUCCUUCUGGUUGGCCAACACCUGCCGCUUCCUGCACUGUCUGAAGCAGUACAGCGGGGAUGAGGACUUCAUGAAGCACAACACUUCCCGGCAGAACGAGCACUGUCUGUCCAACUUCGACCUGACAGAGUACAGAUCGGUGAUCAGCGACCUGGCCAUCCAAAUCUACCAGCAACUCAUCAAAUGCAUGGAGAACACCCUUCAGCCCAUGAUAGUCUCCGGAAUGCUGGAGCACGAAACCAUCCAGGGCGUGUCCAGCGUGAAGCCGACGGGCCUGCGCAAGCGGACGUCCAGCAUCGCCGACGAAGGCACCUACACGCUGGACUCUAUCCUGCGCCAGCUCAACGCUUUCCACUCCACCAUGUGCCAGCACGGCACCGACCCCGAGCUCAUCAAGCAGGUGGUCAAGCAGCAGUUCUAUGUCAUCGGAGCCGUCACCCUCAACAACCUGCUACUCCGGAAAGACAUGUGCUCCUGGAGCAAAGGCAUGCAAAUCAGGUACAACGUGAGCCAGCUGGAGGAGUGGCUGCGUGACAAAAGUCUGAUGAACUGUGGGGCCAAAGAAACUCUGGAGCCUCUCAUCCAGGCCGCUCAGCUGCUGCAGGUCAAGAAGAAGACUGACGAGGAUGCUGAAGCCAUUUGCUCCAUGUGCCUGGCUCUCACCACAGCACAGAUCGUGAAGGUCCUGAACCUCUACACUCCAGUCAACGAGUUUGAAGAGAGGGUGUCUGUCGCAUUCAUCCAAACUAUACAGACACGUUUGCGGGACCGCUGCGAGACUCCACACCUUCUGAUGGACACCAAAAUUAUCUACCCCGUCACCUUCCCAUUCAACCCGUCUUCCCUCGGUUUGGAGACCAUUCAGAUCCCGAGCUCGCUCAACCUGGCCUUCCUCACCCGCGUCUAAGCCAGGAAUGGGAUAUUCGCCAUCUAAUGUCUCUCAACACACAUAUACACACACAUAUCGUGAGCGUCACGAAGCACAAACGUGCAUGCUCCACUUGCUGUUUUAUUCACGUCUAUUAGAUCAUUUCCCUGCAUAUUUUGCAUUUGGAAGAAUGAAAUAUAAAAUACGCGAGUAUGUUUCAAUGCAAUUGACGGCGAUAGAUGUCUAAUACGCUUUGACCGGGAGGGGGUUUUGCGCCCAUUGGACGUCUAUUGCUGUCAAUGGCAGCAAGCGAGUUAAUAGUUGAACAGAGAUCUGUUAUUGGUCAUCUUAGUCAGUCGAGCCAAGACGGCGGGCCUCACGUCGUCUCUGCCGUGUUAUUUAUGCACAUUUAGAUGAAUAUAUAUAUAAAUAUGAACAAUAUACUGUGUGUAUUUAUUGCAUUCUCCUGCCGCUUUGCCACAAGGCGUUUAGUUUAGUUCCGCGCUAGGACCGUCGAGUCACCAUCCUGCUCACUGGAGUAAGUGUAUGUAGCACAGGUUGCGACGCUAUCGCUCUAUUAUUUAUUAUUAAUCUGUAUUUUUCUUAUCAUUGAGCAGCAUUGUGAGGUUGUUUUUCAGUGCCUCAGCUUCACGUCAUCUCUGCCUUUCGAAAUGUACAUCAUUUUUAUGACCAAAAACAGCUGAAGAUGUCGGGCUUUUACGUUUUGUGUGUUUGGCAGGACCUACGUUGAUCGAUAUGCUUUGAGGGGAUUCUAGGCUGCAAAAAAGGCAGAUAUUUUUUUGUGAUUUAUGUUGUCUAAAAGGUACCAUUGCCGUUCAGUGUUAACCUCCUCCUUUCACUUGAACCUUAUUUAGUCGCGAGACAUUACAGAUGAUAUUUUUUUUUUUGCCCUUUUUGCAGCUUAACUCUUGUCUUUUUUUGCACUUUCCGAACAAGUAGUACAGUUCCAGUUUAUGAUUAUCAGUCAGCCGAUUAAUAGUCUAGCUCCGCCCUCAGGGUACGAUGGAUCUGUUUUUUUCUUUCCCUUAGCACUUUUAUCAGCUUUCUCUGCUAGGUGUUAUGUAACGGCGUAAUUUUCACGUAUUCAAGCGAACAAAAACACUAACAGUGAUUAAGAAAUAAUACUGUUGUCAAGCUUUGUAAAGGUAUUAGAGGGCGCGAAAACCAGCCUGAAUCCAAAUGUAGUACUCAGUUGAGGGGAGAAUGGAAGGGCUAGGUAUUAGGGCCACACUGGGGGGAGUAAAAUAACAUGGGGAAAGUUGUGAAGACAUGAUGGAACAGAAGUGAAAUUCAGAGAAAAAAAUGCACAGAACAUCAGGCAGCAGAUUGUGUAGCUGAAUGUAAGAAGAACAUCCAAAAGUUAAAACAAAAAGUCAUUAAAAAUAUAUAUUGCAUGAAUAAACAGUGUAAAUGUUAGUGUUGCAUCAAUACAAUUUUUUGGGCUCGGGAUUUCGAUUACAGCGGGGCUGAUGCCGAUACCGUACCGAUAUCAUGUUUAAAAAAAUAUUAUUUACAUACAGUCAUGGAAAAAAAUUAUUGGCAACCCUGGAAUUUUUCCAGAAAAUACAGCAUUUCUCACAGAAAUGAAUGCAAUUACAAAUGUUUUCAGUAUGUUUCUUGGAUGUGCAUUGGAAAAACACAAAAAAAGCUAAGGAAAAAAGCCAAGAUCGAUGCAAUUUUAGACAAAACUCAAAAAAUAGUUUGGACAAAAUUGUUGGCACCCUUACCUCAAUAUUAGGUUGCAUGUCCUUUGGAAGAAAUAACAGAAAACAAUCGCCUUCUAUAACCAUCAACAAGUUUUGUGCAGUUCUAAGAUGGAAUUUUGGACCACUCUUCUUUUGCAGACUGUACCAGGUCUCUCAGAUUUGAAUGGAUGCCUUCUUGCAACAGCAGUUUUUAGAUCUAUUGAUUGGUGUUCAAUGAGAUUUGGAGCCAGACUCAUCGAUGGCCACCUCAGAAUUCUCCAUUUCUUUGCCUCCAGCCAUUUCUUGGUGCUAUUUGAGGUAUAUUUUGGGUCAUUGUCCUGUUGGAACACCCAUAACGUCUGACGCGGACCCAGUUUUCUGACACUACACCUUACAUUGCGGCACAAAACAUUUUGAUAGUCUCCGGACUCCCAGAAUGAGGCUUACAAAGACAAGAACACAGUGCCUAUAGUCUAACAUGGUGGAGGUCCAAUGAUUUUUUUGGGGGUUGCUUUGCUGCCUCAGGCACUGGGUGCCUUGACAGUGUGCAAGGAGUAAUAAAAUCUGGAGACUAUCAAGAUGUUUUUGGGCUGCACUGUAGGAUGUAGUGUCAGAUAACUGGGUCUGCGUCAGAGGUCAUGGGUGUUC